AUGAAUCAAACAGAAUGUAUUGAGGCUGAGGCGGCUGUUAUUGAUACCGGAUAUAAUAUUGUAAGAGUAAUCCAGAUUAUCUGUGGAAUAACUACAUUGAUAUUAAUUCUGAAAGUUAUUUUGUCUUACAGAACAAAACAAGUGAAAUUGCAUAAAAAUUUGAUUGUAUUGGUUAUUAAUGUACUUUUACUUGAUGCACUCUUUGUUUUAUCAUUUACGAGUACAGACAUUUUGAAUUUUUAUGUUAGCUUUACUUAUAAAAAUUCUUGUGAUUGUUUCUUUCAAGUUUGGGUAGUUUAUUUGGUAAGAAUUCCUUUUUAUUUGUAUGUUGCUGGUUCUCCUUUGAUUCAUUUUGCUAUAAUGAUUGAAAGAAUUAUUGCUACUAUUUUUGUUCGAAUUUAUGAAAAUCAAGGAAAAUUGAUUGCCGUUGCCAGUACGAUUAUUGUGUGGUUAUUAACUUUUACGUAUGGUUUCUAUGUUUACAUAAGCUCAAUAGAAGAUUCAACAUUUAGUCAUCCAAUGGUCUAUUUAACUUUAACAAGCAUUUAUAAUGCUCAUGUUCUUAUUUAUUUCCACUAUUUUUUCUUGUUUUUGGUAAUAUGUAUUGCUAUUGCCGAUUAUUAUUUAAUUCUUCGUAAUCAGAAAAUUAAAUCAAAUUUUUCCAUAACUUUCUACAGCCUCAGUCAAAGUUAUCAAGCUAAACAAAACAUUCUUGUUAUGAGAAUUAUCUUUCCUCUUGAUUUUUCUUAUUCUUUUGUUUUUGCGCUAUUUAAUAUUCUCUCAAGUUUUAUUCGAUCUAAACGUGAUGAUUAUGGUCAACUAAUUUAUAUGCGAACAUACGAGGCUAUAAUUCUUUUAUUAUUUAUCCAUGCAAUUAUAAAAUUAAUUAUUUACGACUACUUUUUGACAAAACAAAAUGAUUUGAACAAAAAUUUCAUGAAGAAUAAUAAGAAUGUCAGUUCAGAAUUUUAUUUUAAAAGUUUGAAUUAUGCUUGGAAAUAA